CACCAUGCAUGGAAUGUCCCGAGCGCUUUCCUGUGACGCGCACUCCGUUCUGUGGCGCUCCUCCACCACCACACCAUGCAUGGAAUGUCCCGAGCGCUUUCCUGUGACGCGCACUCCGUUCUGUGGCGCUCCUCCACCACCACACCAUGCAUGGAAUGUCCCGAGCGCUUUCCUGUGACGCGCACUCCGUUCUGUGGCGCUCCUCCACCACCACACCAUGCAUGGAAUGUCUCGAGCGCUGCCCAACCUGCCUCACCUACAGGUAUGCACCUCGCGCUCAACUCUGAAGACGUUUGUCAACAAACGCAGCUAUUUGGUGGCUUUGUCUCUUUUUUCCAGGUGAAGGGAAGAUCUUUUCAAACAAAAAUAUCGGCCAAGAGUAGUGGCUGAACAUCGCUGAGAAGUUCACAUUGAAGAGGAACUGAUCUAAAGCCUGACCAUGGCCACAAUUGGGGAUUUCGACCCGCUCAACUCCACAGUACCUGCGACGAAAAUCGAAAUUACAGUCUCGUGCAGGAACCUGCUGGAUAUGGACACCUUCUCCAAAUCAGACCCUGUUGUGGUUUUGUACAUUCAAGGCAUCGGGACAAAGGAGUGGAGAGAGUUUGGCCGAACAGAAGUGAUCAAUAACACCCUGAACCCGGACUUUGUUCGGAAGUUUGUCCUGGAUUUCUUCUUCGAGGAGAAGCAGAAUCUUCGCUUUGAUGUGUACAAUGUGGACACCAGAAGUUCAAACAUUUCAAAACAUAAGGACUUCCUGGGCCAGAUGUUCUGCACUCUGGGGGAGAUCAUUGGGUCCACAGGCAGUCGGCUGGAGAGAACCCUGUCUGGGAUCCCAGGAAAGAAGUGUGGGAACAUCAUAUUCACCGCUGAGGAACUGAGUAACUGCAGGGACAUUGCCACUAUGCAGUUGUGUGCCAACAAGCUGGACAAAAAAGACUUCUUCGGCAAGUCAGACCCCUUCCUGGUAUUCUACCGCAGCAAUGAAGACGGAACGUUCACCAUCUGCCAUAAGACAGAGGUGAUAAAGAAUACACUGAACCCUGUUUGGCAGCCCUUCACCAUCCCCGUACGAGCCCUCUGUAAUGGAGACUAUGAUAGGACGGUCAAGGUGGAUGUGUAUGAUUGGGACCGGAAUGGAAGAUGCUGCAGGUGUUACUCUCGCAACUAUUCCCACAGUCAUGACUUCAUUGGCGAGUUCACCACCAGCUACAGAGAAUUCUCCAGAGGCCAGAGCCAGUUCAACGUCUAUGAGGUUCUAAACCAUAAAAAGAAAGGCAAGAAGAAGAAAUACGUCAAUUCAGGGACAGUGACACUGCUGUCCUUCAAAGUGGAGUCGGAAUACACGUUUGUGGACUUCAUCCGGGGAGGGACGCAACUCAACUUCACAGUGGCCAUCGAUUUCACAGCGUCUAAUGGUAACCCAUCCCAGCCCACCUCUCUGCAUUACAUGAGUCCCUACCAGAUGAAUGCCUACGCCAUGGCCCUGAAGGCUGUGGGGGAGAUCAUCCAGGACUACGACAGUGACAAGAUGUUCCCCGCCUAUGGCUUUGGAGCCAAGCUGCCACCGGACGGCAAGAUCUCCCAUGCCUUCCCACUGAACUCCAACAGUGAGAACCCUAACUGUGUGGGGAUCGAGGGAGUGUUGGAGGCGUACUUCCAGAGUCUCCGCACCGUUCAGCUCUACGGACCCACCAACUUCGCUCCUGUCAUCAACCAGGUGGCACGGUGUGCUGAGGAUGUGACUGAUGGAUCCCAGUACUUUGUGCUGUUGAUGAUCACAGACGGAGUCAUCUCAGACAUGGUGCAGACCAAGGAGGCUGUGGUCAAUGCUGCUGCUCUGCCCAUGUCUAUCAUCAUAGUGGGAGUAGGCCCUGCUGAGUUUGACGCGAUGGAGGAACUGGACGGUGAUGAGGUCAGAGUGUCCUCUAAGGGGCGCAUUGCUGAGAGAGAUAUAGUCCAGUUUGUGCCGUUCCGGGACUACAUCGACCGCCAGGGCAACCAGGUGCUGAGCAUGGCACGGCUGGCCAAGGACGUGUUGGCAGAGAUCCCCGAGCAGCUGCUGGGUUUCAUGAAAACAAGAGACAUCGAGCCCCAGCCUGCCCUGCCCACCUCCUCCACCACCGCCCCUCUAGGACUCAACAACCUGUGCAUCUGAAAGCGGGGUUUGGGUGGGGUGGGGCCAGAGGUUGGGGGGUCUUAGAUCUAGGGCCAUAGGGCCACAUGCCAGUUGCAGCAAAUACCUGUAGAGACACACUAAAUCAGUUGGUGUGCACGUGAACACACACACACACACACACACACACACACACACACA